GGGACUUCCUUCGGGGAUCCCGCAGCGGGGGAGCCGCGGCCGAGCGGGGACACGUCAGUGCGGGGCCGGGACCUGCCUUUGUUCCCCGCAGCCCCCUCCCCCGGCCGCAGGGACCGGCACACGGCCGCAGGGACGCGGAGCAUCCCCGGCAUGAGCCCCGCUGCUGCCCGCACCGCAGAGACCGCCCCGGGCGCCGCGGCCGUGCCCAGGGGCUGAAACGCUGGGCCGGCCCCGCCUCCGCCGUCCCUCUUUCCCUUCCUCCUUCUCCUCCUGCUCCUCCCGGGGCCUCCGAUGCCGCCGCCUCCCGCCCGCUGCUGAGCCGUGACGGGCGGGGGCCCUCGGGACCCCGCCGGGGACAUGGGCAACGGGAUGUGCUCCCGGAAACAGAAGCGGAUUUUCCAGACGCUGCUGCUGCUGACCGUGGUGUUCGGGUUCCUGUACGGGGCGAUGCUCUACUACGAGCUGCAGGGCCAGCUGAGGAAGGCUGAGGCCACGGCGCUCAAGUACCAGCAGCAUCAGGAGUCGCUCUCGGCUCAGUUACAAGUUGUGUAUGAGCACCGGUCAAGAUUAGAAAAGUCACUGCAAAAGGAAAGGCUGGAACAUAAGAAAGCAAAGGAAGAUUUUCUUGUUUAUAAACUAGAAGCACAGGAAACACUAAAUAAAGGAAGGCAAGACUCCAACAGCAGAUACAGUGCCCUGAGUGUGCAGCACCAGAUGCUGAAGAGUCAACACGAAGAGCUGAAGAAACAGCACGCUGACCUUGAGGAAGAUCACCGAAAACAGGGAGAGGAGUUUAGCAGGACAUUCAGUGAUCACAAGGAGAGAUACCUACAGCUGCAGCAGGAAAAGGAGCAGGAGAUCUCCAAGCUGAAGGAAUCCCUGUAUAACUUACGGGAGGAGAACAGGCAGCUGAGAAAAGCUCACCAAGACAUUCACACCCAGCUGCAGGAUGUCAAGCAACAGCAUAAGAACUUACUGUCCCAGCACAACGAGCUUGUGGUGACAUUGGAAGACCACAAGAGUGCACUAGCUGCUGCUCAGACUCAGGUGGAAGAGUACAAACAGCUGAAGGACACGCUCAAAAAAAUCCCAAGUUUCCAGGAUGUGGAGAAGGUGGAAGGAGGGAAUGAGCAGCAGCCCGAGGUGCGGGGCCCGUCCCCCCAGAGCCGCCCCCCGGAGCCCCCCGGAGCUGGGGCUGAGCAGCAGCAGCAGAAUGAGAAGCCAAGGGAGAGAGAAGAAAUAAAGAGCCAGGAGCAGGACAGGGCUGAGCCUUUCCACGUGCAGGGAAGGGCUCAUGAGGGCCAGAAUGCCAAGGAGCUGAACAUCCAGGAGCAGCAGGAAGCUGGGGAGGAUGAGGAGCAACGGGCAGAGCAGAUGGAAGAAGAACGCAAAAAAGAGCUUGAGGAGGAAGAAAUGGAGCAGGCAGGGCAGCCUGAGCACCUGGAGGAGGAGCAGGACCAAGCCCCAGAAGAGCACGAAUGGAAAAAGCAGGAACAAAAGGAAGAAGAAACCAACAUGUUGGGUGAUCACCUGCAGUCAGAGGUAACCCCAACAAAAAGGCAGAAAGCAGCUUACGAGCAGCAACUGGAGCAGCAGCACCUUGGAGCCCAGAGAGCAGAGGAGGCCAAGCAGCUGAGGCAGCAGCAGGAGUCCCUGCACCAGCAGAGGCUGAGAGGGCAGCUCCUGAGGCAGCAGCAGCUCCAGGAGAGAGAGCUCCAGCUGCAGAGACAGGCAGAGCAAGGGGAGAAACUCUUCAAAAACCGCCUCAGCCAACAGGCUCAUUAUGAUAACAUGGACCAGGACAUUGUACAAGGGGAGGAAGAGCAAGGUAUUCAGGAAGAGGAAGGAGCUUAUGAACACGACAUCCAGCACCAGGAUGAAGGUGAAGAUGAGGAUCAGAAUAAUGCAAAUGAACAGCAAGAAGCAGAACAUCAGGCAGAAAAUCAGCAGGCUGAUGAAUCAAAGGCAGCCAUGGAAGAUGUAAAUCCUGCUGAUGACCCCAAUAAUCAGGGAGAAGAUGAAUUUGAAGAAGCUGAGCAAGAGAGAGAAGAAAACCUGCCUGAGGAAAAUGAGAAGCACAAGGAAACGGGUCAGAAACAAGGACAUCCAGGAAUGGAGGAGCACUUGGUGAUGGCAGGAAAUCCUGACCAGCAGGAGGAUAAUGUGGAUGAACAAUACCAGGAAGAAGGAGAAGAGGAGGUGCAGGAGGAUCUGACUGAAGAGAAGAAGCGAGAGCUGGAGCACAAUGCUGAGGAGCCCUAUGGGGAAAACGAGGACAAUGCAGAUGAAAAGAAUAACAGAGGGACAAACCAAGAGCAAGAAAUGCAAGAAGAAAACAACCAGAAGGCCAUUCAUGAAGAAAAUUAUGAGGAGGAAGAGGAGGAGGAGGAGGAGGAAGGCAGAGCUGUUGCAGCAAAAACUCGCAGACGAGGGGAGAUGUAGUUCCUCCCUUCAUUUUUCUUUUUCCAGUACACAAAUUCCUGUUGCUUUUUUUUUAACCAACUUUUUUUAGGGUAUUUAAUUUCAAAAAAAAAAAUCAAACA